UACUUCAGUGGUUGUAGGGGUUUAUCCAAAUUUAAUUUGUCCAGAAAUGAUCUGUCGGACCACUGAUGACAAAAUAAAGUUGAUGAAAACUUUUAGCGCUAAAAAAGUUUUAUUUUAAAAUACGUGGCUGAAACGUUCAAGAACGCCUCUUUUCCUGAUAGUUUUGACUGAGGGAAUAGUGGACCUGAUUCCUACGUCUGUCGCUUCCUGGUUCGGUCGGCGACUCAUGAAUGUGUCUCUCUGUAAAUGGAUGAUACUGUAAGCUCUGGAGAGAGAAACUGCCAGUAAUAACAGCCAGCUAGACAGGUUUUAUAUAAUGUCAGCUGUGGAUAACGCAUUUGAAAAUGUAAAAGCAAUUAUCUUAUCAGCUCAUGAAAGUACCACAUCAUGGGAAAAAGUGAACUUCUACAACUCCUGGGCGGAGAACUACGAUCAGGAUGUGGCUGUUCUGGACUACCGUGCACCCAGUCUGGCAGCAAACAGCAUCUCAUCCCAUUUCAGCGUCGCACGAGAAGCAGCUGUUGUGUUGGAUGUGGCGUGUGGUACAGGCUUGGUGACUAAACAAAUGAAAAAACAUGGAUUUGGACAUUUUGUUGGUGUUGAUGGCAGUGAGGCUAUGCUGGACAUAGCCAGAGAGAGCGGUUUGUACCAGAACUUGAAACAGUCUAUGCUGGGAGAAGAUCCAUUUCCUGUGCAGUGGGCUGAUUUAUUUGACGUGGUUGUGAUUGUGGGAGCACUAAGUAUCGGUCAGGUUCCUGUUGGUGUGGUCAGAGACCUGUGCAAGGCCUGCAAGUCAGGUGGCUACAUUUGCAUGACAACCAGAAGUAAUCUUGACAAUCUUGAAUACAAAGCGGCCCUUGAGAGUGAGCUGAAACGGAUGGAAGAAGAGGGUCUCUGGUCUUGUGUAGAGGUCACUGAGGUGGACGACUGGGAGAGAGCUGUGUCAGAACAGGAGGAUGGCUACAUAUCUGGUGUAGUUUACCUCUAUAAAAAGCUAUAACCCAGCGUACAACUGUGUGAGUUUGACUUCACAUCAGAAAACAUGCAGAAUAGCAACGUUCAAGAAUAUGCAAAUUACUUGAGUACAAAGAAAUCAAGCUAAAUUCACACACAAAGUAAAUGAAAUAUGUUUGUGUGUGGUUUAUGACUUCAUGUCACAAGUGGAAACAUGUAUCCAAAAAUCUGGUUUUAAGUGAUUGUCCUUCUCAUAAGCUUUUUCACCACAUUAGAAACCUCCAGGUGUUGGACUGGAACAGACAGUUAGCUAUGUUCUGGGGACAACUCAGGGGCCCCUGGAGCUGAUUGUCCAGGGAAGAAGACUGCCGACAUUACUGAAAAUAAUGGAAGGUUCUUCACACCCUAUACACACAGUGCAGUGAGAAAACUGUGUUUAGUUAGAGGAUUUUUCAGGUCCACUGUAACAUUAAACAGUUCAAGAGGGCAUUCCUCUGAGCCGUCACCCUCAACAAGAACUUAAAUUAAUGAUUCUUGUGUGAGAUAUAAUGAUUUUUGAUCUUAAAAAAAAAAAGAAACAAAAAAAGCUACUACAUAAAAGCUUCUCUAAGGGGUUUUCUUUCAUUUUUUUUCAUAUUAAUCCACUUGGUAGUGUUUUUAUAUUAUUAAUCUGAUUAGGCAGAAGUAUUUUUAUUUGGCCAAACUGGUUUUGUUCACCAUCAACCCUCGAGAUGUUAGUGUGUCAACAUCAGUUUAAAUGUUUUUCCAGUGUAUCCGUCACUGUGCUGCCAAAUAUUUAUCUAAUCCACUCAAACUUGGUGCAGACCCGUCUGACAACUUCACCAAACAUGUCAGACACAUUUCUGAGGAAAAGUAAAAAUGCUAGAUUAAUUUAGAAGGAAAAAUGAAUCAAUUAAUUUAAUGUGACACUGAAACACUCUCCACUAUCCUGAGCUGCAGAGUUCCAACAUCAGCUUCACUCCGUCUCUUUGGGGAUCUCUCUAGAUUACUCAUCCCACCUUGAUUUUAAAACCUGUUGCUUAUUUUUCUAGCUGUCGCUGAGAAAGUAGUCCUCUGUUGUUCCAAAUACAUUAUCACGAGUCUGGAUGAGUCAGGUGUUAUUUUGUUGCCUCUGUGCAGGUGUGUGAGAAUAACCGAACUGUUCCAGCGAGCAGAAGCAGUGCAGACGUCAAGCCCUGUUUCACAUAUUAUUUGCAUGUAGACGUCCAAGCUUAAGUAAAAUUUCCUCCACAUCACAUAAGCAAUUUUAUGGUUACACAAGCAUAGAAGGCAUAAUUAAGGAUUAGUAAAUAAAUUUUAUCAACACAUCCAAAACUUGGAAAACAAGGAACUCAUGUCUCAUCAUUCACUGGUUUAAUUUUAUUUCUGAAUAUUUUGCAAUGGAAAUAAACAACGCUCAGAAAAAGAAGCAUGUGUCAGCUUUUAAAGAGAGCUGGAAACCAUUUAUAACCUUCCUAAAUGAAAAUAAAACAUAGUUUACUUCAUAUACACACAGACACACACCUGCACACACACAGACACUAUAUUACCAUACCUACCUGUUGUCAAAGCUUAGCUUAAUAUCCUGUUGAGAUCCUUAGAUCAUGUUUACCACAUCCUUUAAUUAAUUAGUCUUUCAUUGUUUCUUGUUUUUUGUCUGUUUUGUUCUAUUAUUUGUUCCACAUGUUGUAUAUGGAAC